AUGACAUAUACCACAGCAGCAGAGAUACAAAGAAGCAAACCAGAAAAUCCACUACUUGACAAUGAAGGACUGCCUCGAUUUUCUGCCAUCACUGCAGAACACAUCAUACCUGGAAUCACAAAGUUGGUUCAGGAACAUGGUGAGGGACUUCAGGAACUAGAAAAGAAUUUGGAAGCAAUGGGAAAACUACAAAAAACAUGGUCAUCCGUCUUUGACAAACUGGAAAUCCUGCAGUUUCCAAUUCACUACAGCUGGGGAAUCGUGGCAAAUCUAAAUAAAGUAAAGAAUAGUCCAGAAGUACGAAAGGCUUAUCAUCAGGUAGAGCCAUUGAUUGUGAAAGAACAUAAUCGACUUUCCCAGAACGUUAUAUUUUACAAUGCUUACAAGGAGCUGAUUGCAGGAAGCCAGAAGCUGAACGGUGCACAGCUCCGUAUCAUUAAUUUUGCUCUACAUGCAGCCAAGAAUGGCGGAGCUGAACUUGAGGGAGGAACUAAAAGCCAUUUCAAUGACAUUCAGCUGCAGUUGGCAAACCUCACUGAGAUAUUCAGAAAUAACGCUAUAGAUUCUACAAAUGCUUACUCACUGCUUCUCACGGACAAGGCUGGAAUUGAAGACCUUCCCCAAUCAGCUCGUAGACUCCUUGCCAGUAAUGCAGUGGUUGGUACAGAGCGAAGCCCAGAUCCAGAGAAUGGUCCCUGGAAGGCGACAUUAGACAGCCCUAGUUUUAAACCAAUCAUGUUGUAUAGUAGAAACAGACAGUUAAAAGAACAUCUUUACAAAGCCUUUAUCUCUCGAGCCAGAGGUGGACCGUAUGACAACAGUGUAUUGAUUGAUAAGAUUAGACAGCUGAGGCAUGAGAUUGCUAGAAUCCUCGGCUACAAGAACUUUGCAGAAUUGGCUGUGAGUAGAAGCAUGGCAGGAAGUGUGGACAAGGUCUGGGAGUUUAUUAAUGUUCUACGUGACAAGAGUUUUACAGUGGCACAGCAGGAACUGAGGACUCUGCAGCAAUUUGCAGAAAGCCAUGGCCAUGAAGGCGAGCUGAAACAAUGGGACAGAGAUUACUGGGAUGAGCAGCAAAGCACAAAGUUGUUCAGUGUUCUAUCUGGCCUCUUUCAACUGAGUUUGGAUUUAUUUGGGAUAGUGAUCAAGCCUGCAGACCUGGAGGUGGAAGUCUGGCACCCGGAUGUCAGGGUUUUCAACGUCUAUGAUAAGAAAGGUUCCCAUGUUGCUUCAUUUUUCAUAGAUCUUUACUCACGUCCAAAUGAAAAGGAAAGAGGAUCUUGGACUGCGCCCUUUAUCUCCAAAAGCAAUAUAUUACACAAGAAACCUGUUGCAUUUCUAGUGUGUAAUCAAGUUCCACCAGUUGGUUCUAUACCAUCACUUAUGUCAUUUUCAGAAAUCAAAGCCCUUUUUCAUGAGUUUGGACAUGCACUCCAGCACAUGUUGACCACAGUGCCAUAUGUCAUGGCAGCUGGACUCAAAAACAUUGAAUGGGAUGCUAUUGAAUUCCCUUCCCAGUUUAUGGAGAACUGGGUCUACGAUAAUAACACAAUAGCACUGAUCAGUGGCCACUACCAGACAGGAGAACCAUUGCCGCAGAGUAUCUUUGAACAACUACUGAAAGCACGUCAUUACCAGGGAGGGUCUGUUUUACUGAGACAAGUGUUCCUUUCAGCACUAGACAUGAAGUUACACACAAGUUCAGAUUCAUGGAAGUCUGUUGUGGAAGAAGUUGCUGAAAGAUUUACAGUGAUGAAGCAACUCCCUGAGGACUGUGUCCCUUGCACAUUUCUACACAUCUUCUCUGGUAAUUAUGCAGCUACGUAUUAUGCCUAUGAGUGGGCAGAGGUGCUUUCCCUGGAUGCUUUUGCAGCCUUUGAGGAAGCUGGUUUACAAAAUCGAACUGAAAUAUCCAAGAAUGGCAACAGGUUCAGAGACACUGUACUAAGUCUUGGGGGCGGAACUCACCCAAAGGAAGUGUUUCGAAUGUUCAGAGGUCGUGACCCAUAUCCUGAAUUCCUCCUCAAAGCUUAUGGACUUGUAUGA